AUGAAGACUCAGAAUCCUGGAGAAAGUGAGGAAGAUAGAUUUAAACAAAAAUGUAAAGACCUUCAAAAGAGAAUAAAGGAAGUGGAAGAAAGCAAUGAAAUAGCAACUAUAGCAUAUAGUAGAACCCAAUCAAGUAUAAGAAGAUUAAGAUUAGAAUAUGCAAUACUAAUGGAAAGAUUAGAAGAAAGAUCACAACAUUUACCUGAUGGAAUAGUACAUUUUGAAGAAAUGGCAGGUCCACCAACUCCAAAUAUUUUAGAUGAAUCAAUAGUUAAAAACUCCAAAAACGGAUCAUUAGGGUCAAGUAGUGGGGGAACUGGAAGCAAUAGUAAAAAAUCGUCAAGUAAGAAAAGUACAAAAUCAUCAUCAUCACCUAAUCAAUCAUCUUCCACUAAUGGAAACCAAAACUCCUCAAACAAGAAUAAUAGAGAUCCAGAUUUACCCAAAAGGCCGACAAAUGCAUAUUUGCUAUUUUGUGAACAAGAAAAAGAAAAAUUAAAAAAUGAUGAAUCAAAUAAUAACAAAGACUUAUCAAAAUUAAUGACCGAAGCAUGGAAAAAUUUGAAUGAAGAGGAUAGAAAACCUUUCUAUAAACUUUAUGAGGAUGACAAAUUAAGAUAUCAAAGGGAAAUGACAGAAUACAACGAAAAGAAAGAACUAGAGGAGCAAUCACUUCAAAAUAACCUAGAUGAAGGAAACGGACAAAAUGAAAAUACUGAACAUGAUCAGACCAAAGAGGAAGAAGGAAAUGAAGAUGAUGAAGAAAGAGAUGUUAAACGACAGAAGUUAGAGCAACCAGAGGAGGCUGAUUUUACUAUUUUCAAAGAAGAAGAGGAAGGGGCAUUGGAAUUACCAGAAUUCAAUGAACCAGAAGCUCCAAUUGAACCAUCAUUGCCAAAUGAGUCAAUAGUAAACGAAACUAUCAAUGAAGAGUAA